AAAUAUUUUCAUGCGAACACGUCUCUCAUUAGUAUUGUGAAUAAUAUUCACCAUCAUGGAUGAACUUGGAUUGAAUGCGACAAAACCGUCGUUUUUGCAGUCAAAAUGGGACUCGUUACUUGAUGUUUUGGGCGAUGACCCAUUUAUGUUGUGGGUAGUUUACACGCAGAUGUUUUCCAUUGCUCUUUAUUGGCUCGGCAGUUCGUUCUACAUGUUCCUUGAUGUCACAAACAAGCCAUCAUUUCUGAGAAAAUACAAAACGCAACCCGGCAAAAAUGAACCUUUGGAACUCUCGAAACUUUGGAUUGUAUGUAAACAAGUGCUUUUUAAUCAAUUUAUCGUGACAGUUCCCGUAGCGUUAAUUGGCUUCGCUCUCGACAAGAAUUCAUUCACUUAUGAGCGUGCACGUCAUUUGCCUUCUAUCGAGAGAUUUUUGUUCGAAUUUGUCGUAAUUGAGCUCGUAUAUGAAAUUGGAUUCUACUAUACACAUCGGUUGGCGCAUCAUAAAAUGUUCUACAAAUGGGUUCAUAAGAAACAUCAUGAAUUUACAGCGCCUAUUGCUGUAUCAGCAGCUUAUUGUACGGGACUUGAGCAUUUUGUAUGUAACUUGUUGCCGAUCAUCAUAGGACCAACACUUGUAAAGGCAUCCCUCGCAAUGUCAUGGUUUACAAUUGCAAAUCGCACACUUGGAACUCUUAAUGUGCAUUCAGGAUACCAUUUUCCGUUCUUCACAAGUCCCGAAAUGCAUGAUUUCCAUCAUUUGAGCUUCAAUAACAACUAUGGGCAUUCCGGAUUGCUCGAUUGGUUACACGGAACUGAUUCUUUGUACAAAAGAUCAGUAGAAAGUAAGCGCGAUGGAAGAUUGUACACUUUGCAAUCAGCUCGGGAGAUUUUCCCAUCACAGCCAAAAGAAAAGACGAAGUAAAGUUGCGGUUAUAAUAAAGUUUUUUUUGCAGUUAAUUGAAUAUAAUUUGUUUUCAUUCAAAUAAUUUUUAAUAAAACGAGGGAAAAGUUACGAAU